AUGUUUGGCGGUAAGAAGUACUACGGCCUGACGGGCGUCAAACUCAACAUUGCGAUUGCAAUCGUCGCAGGCACUGACUUUGCUCUCUUUGGAUAUGACCAAGGAGUAAUGGGCGGUCUUUUGACCCUGCCAUCCUUUCUUCGAUAUUUCCCUGAAAUUGAUGUUGUCAAUCCACCAGCCGGAUCGACCCCAGAGCAUACUUCCAUCAUCCAAGGCAUCACGGUCGGUGCCUACACGUUGGGAUGCUUUUUCGGCGCGGUCGCCACCAUCUGGCUCGGUAACUAUCUGGGACGUAAGAAAACCAUCUUCAUAGGUAGUGCUAUCAUGGUCGUUGGCGCAAUCCUGCAGGCCAGCUCUUUCGGUCUGGCUCAACUGAUUGUUGGACGGUGGAUCACCGGAUUCGGCAAUGGCAUGAAUACUAGUACAGUUCCUACCUGGCAGGCCGAGACAUCCAAGUCACAUCGUAGAGGGCAAAUGGUUAUGAUAGAAGGCUCCCUUAUCGUGUUUGGUGUGAUGCUGAGCUACUGGAUAGAUCUUGGAUUUUCUUUCCUUGAACCAAGCUCCAUCACUUGGCGUUUCCCGAUAGCGUUUCAAAUUAUACUCGCAGUCUUUAUCCUCAUCACAAUACCUGGCCUUCCGGAGUCGCCUCGAUGGCUUCUUCUGAAAGGAAGAGACGACGAGGCUCUCGAGGUCCUUGCGGCGUUGAGCAAUCUUCCCAAGGACGACAAAAAGAUUGCUGGCGAAUUCCAAGCUGUUUCGGAUGUCAUCUUCGAGAUGUCCAAAGGUGGCUUCAGAGAGUGCUUCAAGAUGAAUCGAAACAGAAAUUUCCAUCGUACUGCACUGGGUUAUGUCAAUCAGAUGUUCCAGCAGAUCUCCGGAAUUAACAUCAUUACCUACUACGCGGCUACCAUAUUUGAGACAAACAUCGGAUUGUCGAGUUUCCUAAGUCGCUUACUGGCCGCCUGCAAUGGAACCGAAUAUUGGAUCGCAUCUUGGAUUGCCAUAUUUACAAUUGAGAAGUUUGGUCGUCGCUCUUUGAUGAUCUUUGGUGCUGCUGGCAUGUCUGCUUCAAUGUGUGUAUUGGCAGGUACCACCAGUAAUGUCAGCACAGCUAGCGGUAUCACAGCGGCAGUCUUUCUCUUUGUAUUCAAUUCGUUCUUCGCCAUAGGCUGGCUCGGUAUGACAUGGCUAUACCCCGCCGAAAUCACACCCCUCAGUAUCCGUGCACCUGCAAAUGCAAUCUCCACAACCGCAAAUUGGAUCUUCAACUUCAUGGUCGUAAUGAUCUCCCCCGUCGCCUUCGCCAGCAUCGGAUACCAGACUUACAUCAUAUUCGCCGUGAUCAACGCCGCCAUCGUCCCGUCCGUAUACUUCUUCUUCCCCGAAACGGCAUAUCGCUCGCUAGAAGAGAUGGAUGAGAUUUUCCACAGGACGACUAAUCCGUUCAACGUCGUCAAGAUCGCGAAAGAGAUGCCUCAUUGGUUCGACAAGAGAGGUAAUUCAAUCAUUGCGUAUGAGGAUACCGAGGAAGGCAGGGCUGGCGCUCAGCGGAGGCGAAGCUCGAUUGCGAGGGAGGAGGCUAUGAAGGCGGGGAUGGAGCAGAAGGAGGAGCGGUAAUGGGAAGCAGUAUGGACAAUGAGCCGAGAUGACAUACUAUAAUUCUGCUGGUAUUGGGGUAUGGAAGUACGGGAGUGGGAAUGAGUUUCGAGAUGUCUUUUUCUUCAUUAUAUCCAGGACACGUUGUUUCAACCCUCGUUGUGAGACUUGCACUGCAACUGGACAGACUGGGUACACUCAUGUACUAAUUUAGUAUGUGCCGUUCAAUAUCAACCCUGUAAUAUCAAUUGAC